AGCUCACAUGAAAAGUGAAGUCAUCUCCAUAAAGCCAUCUUGUUUUAGCUUUCAGAGCUACCAAGUGCUGAGAGUGUACUCAAAGGUAGAGAAAAAUGCGGUCCCGCAGCAAUAGUCUGGAGGACGUUACCAAGGCCAAGCAGGCAGGCACACGCAAGCGAUCCGCAGAGCGAGAGGAGCCCUCGGGAAGGGCUGAGCGCCGCAGCCGACACAGAGAGCCGCCGGACGACACCGGUACCAUUCAGCGGAAUCACAAGACGGCCAAGAACAGCACCUGUACUGGUGGGAGUGGGAGUGGAAGCGGGAGUAGCAGCGCCAGCGGUGCUGCAAAGGGAGCUCGGAGGGAAAAGAGCAGGGACCUUUCCCGGGACGACCUUGUCUUUCUACUGAGCUUGCUGGAGGGAGAGCUGCAGGCCAGAGAUGAGGUAAUCACAGUCCUGAAGGCAGAGAAAAUCGACAUGGCCCUGCUAGAGGCCAAAUAUGGGGUUGUCACACCACAGACAGUCCUGCAGUCCCUGCAGAGGGACGCCAUCCAGGGCAAGGCUGAUGUCUUUGAGGAGGACAUCUAUGAGAAGCCCAUGGUAGAGCUGGACAAGUUAGUGGAGAAGCAGAGGGAGACGCACCGGCGGAUGCUGGAGCAGCUGUUGAUGGUGGAACAGUCGCACAAACAGGCCUUGUACAAGUUGGAGGACGAGAAGAGGAACCACGGAGAGUUCAUGAAAAAGAGCGACGAGUUCACCAACCUGCUGGAGCAGGAGCGUGAAAG